AUGGAAUUUUCAUCUGUGACGAUGCUGGUACCCGGCGUGCUGCUCGUACUCGUGUGGCUGGUGAUCACGGCCCUUAAGUCAUUUGAUGGAGGGUACCGGGGACGGAUUCCGAACGGUGCGCAUCUGCCUCCGGGGCCCUUAGUCCUGCCUUUUCUCGGCGACAUCAAGACCCUGCUGACUGGUCUGAGCGCACAGCGGGCGUUUGCCUGGUCCCGAAUAUACGGACCGGUUAUCAGAGUUAAGACCGGCUCUUCCGAAACCAUCGUCUUGAACGACUUGGACGUUAUCCGGACCUUCUUGAACCACAAGGACUUGCUGUAUCGGUCCAGAAGUUGGGUCCUCAGCGAGACUGUUGACUUAGGAUUCGGCGGUUAUGGAGGCAAGUCUUGGGACGAAAACCGCCGUUUCUCAAUGAAGCUACUCCGUGAACUGGGAUUCGGGAGACGCCCCAUGGGAGAGGUCAUUGCUGAGGGAUGUCAACGGCUGGUAUGUAAAAUAGCCGAGUCCCAAGGGGAACCCAUCGACCUGUUCGACCUCAUCCUUACCAGCGCGUCGAGCAACAUUGGGGUGUUUGUGCUUGGCUACCGCUACCCGUUAGGGCACCCAGAACACCAGCGCCUGUGCAAGGCACUGCGUGACGAGUUUAUGACUACCCGGGCCGGCAGCGUGCUGUCGUCCUUGCCGUCACUGGCUGUGGCUUUAUCCCAGUACCUUCCAUCCUCGCGGACAGCUACGCUCAUCGCAGCCAUGAGAUCAAUCGACGAAUUUGCGAGCACUCACCUGUCCCAUCACAUGGCAACAUUGCAUGACAAGGAGGAUCGCGACUUUAUCGACGCCUAUCUAAGAAAAACCAAGGGACACGAACAUGAGCCCGGCUCCACAUAUAGCUGUCAAGGCGCCUUCUGUGAUACAGACAGCGUGGGCGUCGAGGAUUGGAUCUCAUGGUAUGAGCGUGUCAGCGAACAGAACAUCUGGAACGAUACGCUUAUGCUGGCGAAUGCGGUAUUCGACCUCGAAGGAACCGCGCACGUCAGGCACGAGACGCAUGAGCACAAUAUGACCACCUGGGACCUAUGCACAGAAAAACCGAUGGCUUCUUCGGCAAGCCCUUAG